AUGUCGGGCUGCACCACAGACUGGAGCAAUGUCACCCUCGCGACAUUCAACCAGACACUCUUGAACGAUACCUCUUUGUGUACUUCCUGCACUUGCCCGCUCGUCCUCGAUGGCGUUCAGCUAUCUUGGGUCAGAUAUUAUCCAUCCCUGGCUGGUAAUGUGCUGUUCACAGCCAUCUUUGGUCUUUACCUUGCCCUGCAGUUUUUUUUCGGCAUCCAGCACAAAACAUGGGGCUUCUUGGUCGCCAUGACCAUAGGGUUGCUGCUCGAAAUAAUCGGGUAUAUCGGUCGCAUUCUUCUGCGGUCUGAUAUGUUUUCUUUCUCGUGGUUCCUGAUGUACUUGGUCUGUCUGACCAUCGGCCCGGCCUUCUUCUCUGCGGCCAUCUACCUUACACUGUCGCGCCUGAUCGUCAUUUAUGGACAGCAGAAAGCGCGCUUCCGCCCGCAGGUCUACACUUACGUCUUCAUCACUUUCGACGUGAUUGCACUGGUCCUGCAAGCAGCCGGCGGCGCUGUCGCCUCGGUUGCGUCGGCCUACUCGUCACUACAGAACACUGGCGUCCAUAUCAUGGUCGGAGGCUUGGCCUGGCAGGUCUUUUCUCUAGCACUGUUUGGUCUAUUGAGCCUCGACUUUUGGUGGCGAGUUAUCCAUAGCCCCCCUGGGAGUGAACCAAUGAACCAGACGUUCGAAUUACUACGGUCGCGUCGGUCCUUCCAGCCCCUCUUCAUGAUCGCCAUCUUCCUCGCCGGCCUAUUCAUCUUUGUGCGAUCCGUGUUUCGAUGCGCCGAGCUCUCGAACGGGUUCGGUGGUGCGCUAGCCAACGACCAGAUUACGUUCAUGGUGCUUGAAGGGACCAUGAUGAUCCUAGCAUGCGGCCUCCUCACCUUCUUCCACCCAGGCUUGAUCAUUGGGAGAAAAGCGUGGGCGAUGGCGAGCUGGAAGCACAAGAAUCUAGAUACUUCUUUCGAAGAAGAAAAUUCUCACAGACUGAACCAAAGGAAGAAACAUGGGCUCUUCUAUAAGUUAUCCAACAACAGCCAAACCAGCAGUGUUGGAGACGGUUUUGAGAUCCUUCGUCAUUAG